UAUCUAUCAGAAACACUUCAUAUGCAAUCUACUUCACAGCAUGAAAUUCAACCAACAAAGCUACCUAGCUUGCAAGAACUCGAAAAAAAGAAGAAAUUUAACUGGUUUAUGGUCAGAACAAUCCUCACCUCGGGCGCCGGGUUUUUUACAGACUCAUACGAUGUUUUUAUUAUCAACUUGGCAAUGCCAAUGAUUGGAUUUGUAUAUUACUCAAACAAUGGUAACAAAGUACCUGCACAGACGGAAGGAAUUGUGAAAGGCAUGGCUUCUGUAGGUACUUUAAUUGGCCAACUAACGUUUGGUUUUAUGGGCGAUAUUUUUGGUCGAAGAAUCUACGGGUUUGAACUUCUAAUCAUCAUUAUGGGAACAAUAAACUGCGCUACAUCUGCUUCUACCGUACGAGGCGUUUCGGUACUCGGGUUUUUAGGUCUAUGGCGUCUUAUUUUAGGCAUAGGUAUAGGAGGCGAUUACCCCAUGUCUGCUACCAUCACCUCUGAAUGGUCUUCAACAGGGAAGCGUGGUAUGAUGAUGGCACUCAUUUUUUCGAUGCAAGGUAUAGGUAAUCUUGCUGCAGCUAUUGUCACUUUGAUCAUUUUGGCUAUUUUUAAACAAGCGAUCAAUGCUGAUGUAAUGAAUCUGGAUUAUGUGUGGAGACUAUGUAUUGGAUUGGGAGCGGUGCCAGCAGUGGCUACAGUCUAUCUUCGAUUCACAAUGCCCGAAUCACCACGCUAUGCGCUCGAUGUCAAGCAUGAUGUCGAACAAGCCACAGCAGCUAUCGCAGUGAAAGGUGACAAGUUAAAAGAAUCAACCAUCCAGGCUCACAACAAACGUGUUAUUGAUCCUAUCAAUAUGGAGAAACGUAGCCAUUGGGCUGAAUUCAGAGCUUAUUUUCGUCAAUGGAGACAUCUUAAAGUGCUGCUUGGUACUUCGCUUUCGUGGUUUUUACUAGACAUUGCGUUUUAUGGUCUUGGUCUAAACAAUAGCUACGUGCUAUCUGCAAUUGGGUUUAGCAAUAAAUCGACUGCGUUUGAGACUAUGUGGUGGAAUGCUGUUGGUCAAGUGAUUAUUACAGUACUUGGUUCUGUACCAGGAUACUACCUAUCCGUUAUCUUUAUUGAAAGUUGGGGUCGUCGUACAAUUCAAAUAAUGGGAUUUUCUAUGUGUACAAUUCUAUUCAUCAUUCUGUCUGCAGCAUAUUACCAAUUGCGCGAUCGAUCUGUACCAGCAUUUAUUGCCAUCUUUACUUUGGCUCAACUUUUUCAAAACUUUGGUGCAAAUACAACCACGUUUAUUAUUCCCGGUGAAGUAUUUCCCACAAAAGUCCGGUCUUCAGCACACGGUAUUUCUGCUGCAGCUGGUAAAGCUGGCGCGAUUAUUGCAUCGUUUGCGUUUAAUGUGCUGGUGGAGACUAAUGAUACGUACCCGGGAGAACAUGCCUUUUUACCAGAGACAUUAGGGAUUUUCGCUGCCAUUAUGUUUUUAGGCCUGAUUGUCACUAUUCUCUGGGUGCCCGAAACAAAAGGAAAGGAUCUGGAAGAGUUUGAAGAAGAUUAUGUGGCGCCAUCAGUAGCACCCGAAGUUACCCAAACAACAAAUGAUGGUCAUUUCAAAGAGUAAAAUCAAUAGUUACCAAGCUUGAUACCAUGCAAAAAAAAAAAAAUUACAGAAUCAACGAUGGCGUCGGCUAAUCCAUCAAGGAAGUCAUGCUCGCAUGAAAUAAAUAUCGUUGUUUCAUUACUUAGUGAUUAUCAAUGAAAUAUCAACUUUUGUCAUCUUUGAAGAAAUAAAAUCUCAAUCAUCCUUUUUCCUUUA